AUGACUUGUCGUGUUGUAAGCAAGUUCCAAGGCCAGAAGCAAACGCUCCCACUCGCGUUCGUCAGAUUGGAUGUAGGAACGAAGCAUCUGCUCGAGUGUGCGGUUAACCCGCUCAGUUUGACCGUCGAUUUGGGGAUGGUAGGACGAGGACAUGCACUGUUUGAUGUUAAAGCGGCUACAGAGUUGGUUCCACAGAUCCGACUGGAAGCGCGGAUCGUGGUCCGGAAUGAAAUGAGCCAUCUUGCUGAGGGCGUCGACCAUCACGAAAAUCGAGUCGUGCCCUGUCGCCGUAAGAGGAAGCUCUGUGAUAAAGUCAAGAUUCACAACUUGAGUAAGGAACUCAAGGAAUUGUGGAACGCAGAUGCGACACAGUCCAUGGACGCAGAUGUGCAGGAUGUCCCGCCUCUGGAUUGGGUUCCGGCGGCGCAGGUGAAGGUGUGGGCGGCAGGCUGCGUCGUCUGGGUCGUCGCGAACGAAUUCCGGCGAGCUCCCUGUAGUUGUCAGGCCGACCAUGAGAGCCAGGAGCCGCGCGCGCUUGUCCUACUGCGUGCAUCAAUGGUGUCGAUGGUGUGUCGUGCGAGCAGGUGUUAG